AUGUCGUCUCGAGAAACCUUAUCUAACCCGCCGCUUCGCGGCGUCAAGCGGAGCCGGUCCUCGGAUUCUCACAACAUCCUGCAGCCCGGCGAUGACGCUUGCGCUACGAUGCGCAGCGCCGCGGUGCCGCUGUGCGCCACCAUUCGCCUUUCCGAAGCUCAAUCCAUGAUGCUCCCACGUUUACCCGGCGGUGUUACGAUACGCAAAGACCCAGAAGUGAUCGUGUACCGGAGCGAUGACGAGAAGCUUGAACGUGUUUUUAUGUUGUCUUCUUGCAGAAUAUCCAGUCCCCCGACUCAGCCGAAACGAAUCAAACAAAUGAAGCCGUCCGACGCUGCUGGGCAGCUCCCGCCCCCUGGGGCACCACAGACUGGCGCGCCGCCGCAGACUCCCCAAUCCCAAAGCUCGACAUUGCCCAGCCAGACGACCCCAGCCUAUGGCGCGACUCCUGGAGGCGCACCUCCCAAGACUACGCCGACCAAGUCGACGGUCAAGGCGCUGCCAACCGUGAGGGAUCAUACGACUGACCAGUUGAACCAAGCUGGCGACGAGUAUUUGCCAAGAGAGAUUGAUGAGUUUGGGGAGAAGAAGGUCAUGCCCAACGGGCAGCUGCUUGGCAACCGCACCUACAGAUGCCGGACGUUCCUGGUCCCCAACAGAGGUGAAAAGCUCUUCAUGCUCGCUACCGAAUGUGCCAGAGUCCUUGGGUACCGUGACUCGUAUUUGCUGUUUAACAAGAACAGGUCUCUCUUCAAAAUCAUUGCCAGCCAGGCUGAAAAGGACGACCUUGUCCAGCAGGAGAUUUUGCCAUUUUCAUACCGCUCGAGGCAAAUUGCCAUUGUCACCGCCCGGUCAAUGUUUAGACAGUUUGGAAGCCGCGUUAUCGAGAAUGGCCGCCGUGUUCGCGAUGACUACUGGGAAACCAAGGCCCGCAAACAAGGAUUCACCGAGGCAGACUUAGCUGGAGAGAAGAGACCCGGAGCUGCCAAGGCCCGAGAGGCGGCCGAAGCACAAAGCAACCUCCUCAUGAGCGGACCUCACACGGAAAUUGUAUAUAACAACACCCCCGGACCCUAUCCUGGUGCUCCGCCAACACAUCUGGUCCAAGCAGGUAUGAUGGGAGCGCCACCUGGAAACGUUGCAAGAAUGCCUGGAUUAACAGUCGGGGCAGAGAUAGGCGACAAUCGCCCUAGGGAUUUCAGCAAUAUUAUUAAAGGAGGCCCUCGCCAGGAAAUCACCGGCCCAGCCUACCAGGACCAAACCAGACCAUCACCAUUGACGGAGCUUCAUUCCCAGGCCCACCACGCUGCCGAGUUCAAUCGGUCUGUCAACCAGCAGCGAGACAUGCGCGGCGAUUAUUUGCAAGGCAUCUGGCGUCGCACCCACGAACAGCCAGUCACAUCUGCAUUGAAUCCAACAGUGGGAGCUACCGACGCAGCUGCUGCAACCUCCCGACCCUCGAGCUCUCCGCACACUGCCGCGGCUGGCGUGACUCAACCUGUUGUUUCGUCGCAAAGCCCCCAGAUGCUUAUGACUGCGGCACCCUACUCUCAGUCAAUUCAUGCGCAGAAUCCUCUAGGAUCUACAGGCAGCGGAAGCAUGAGCCAAGGCACCGCUGGCGGCUACAACUAUCAACCUAACCAGGCCAUGUGGUCGCAAAACACGCAAGCUCCCCACCACAACUAUGGCAGUUAUACCACGCAAUCCCAGGCGCCUCAUCCGUCCCAGUCUCCUGCUUCUCACCUCCGACAGCCUAGUGCAGGACAGCUGCAGCCAAAUAUGCCAUUCCCCGGCAUGGGUAGCAUGCAGCAAUAUGGUGCGAGCCAAGGCAUGUAUCCUGCAGACCAAACGCCUCGGCAAUACAUGGCCCAAGGAACUCCAGGCGGAGCACCACAAGUAUCCCAGUCUUGGUCUGGCCAGCACUCACCACCUCCUCAGUGGUGGGCACCACAACAGCAGCCUCAGUAG